CAGCGGGCACGGGCGGGGCACGGCGGCCACGGGCGGGGCACGGAGCGGCCACACCGGCGGGCAGCGGCGGCGGCCGCGCCCCGCAGGCGGCGGCGGAACGGAGCCGGGCGCGGCCGAACGGGCACAGCCGAGGUUGUAAAUCGUGCCCAAGCCGAGCGCUGAGAGCAGCCACUGGAAGCAGCCGCGGUGACCGGCGGUCAUGACAACGGAGACAGGCCCCGGCUCUGAGGUGAGGAACGCGCAGGAAGAGGCUCCGCAGCAGCAGCUGGGGGCGGCCGCCCAGGGCCCCACGGCCGCGCCCAGCCCCGCCGGCCGCGACACCGACCCCAAUGAGAAGCUCGGGGCACAGCCCGACACCCGAAACAUGGAGCCGGGCACAGACAUGGAGGACAAGGACUACAGUGAGACCGAUGGACUGUCUGACAAAACAACUCCAAGCAAGACCCAGAAGUCACCCCAGAAAACCACCAAGAAAGUGAAGAGUGCCCUGUGCAGGGUGACCCUGCUCGAUGCGUCCGAGUAUGAGUGCGAGGUGGAGAAACACGCCCGAGGCCAGGUGCUCUUUGACAUGGUGUGCGAGCACCUCAACCUCCUGGAGAAAGACUACUUCGGCCUCACCUUCUGUGAUUCAGACAGCCAGAAGAACUGGCUGGAUCCUUCCAAGGAGAUCAAGAAGCAGAUCCGCAGUGGGCCCUGGAACUUCGCCUUCACUGUGAAGUUCUAUCCUCCAGACCCUGCCCAGCUCACAGAGGACAUCACCAGAUACUACCUGUGCCUGCAGCUCCGUGCCGACAUCAUCACGGGGCGCCUGCCCUGCUCCUUCGUCACCCAUGCCCUGCUGGGCUCCUACGCUGUCCAGGCUGAGCUGGGUGACCACGACACCGAGGAGCACGUGGGCAACUACGUGAGCGAGCUGCGCUUCGCCCCCAACCAGACGCGGGAGCUGGAGGAGCGCAUCAUGGAGCUGCACAAGACCUACCGGGGAAUGACCCCUGGGGAAGCAGAGAUCCACUUCCUGGAGAACGCCAAGAAGCUCUCCAUGUACGGGGUGGACCUGCACCACGCCAAGGACUCCGAGGGCAUUGACAUCAUGCUGGGUGUCUGCGCCAAUGGCCUCCUCAUCUACAGGGACCGGCUGCGCAUCAACCGCUUCGCCUGGCCCAAGAUCCUGAAAAUUUCCUACAAGAGGAGCAACUUCUACAUCAAGAUCCGCCCGGGGGAGUAUGAACAGUUUGAGAGCACCAUUGGCUUCAAGCUGCCCAACCACCGCUCAGCCAAGAGGCUCUGGAAGGUCUGCAUAGAGCAUCACACCUUCUUCAGGCUGGUGUCCCCAGAGCCACCCCCCAAGGGUUUCCUGGUGAUGGGCUCCAAGUUUCGGUACAGCGGGCGCACGCAGGCGCAGACGCGCCAGGCCAGCGCCCUCAUCGACCGCCCCGCGCCCUUCUUCGAGCGCUCCUCCAGCAAACGCUACACCAUGUCCCGCAGCCUGGACGGAGAGUUCUCGCGCCCAGCCUCCGUCAGCGAGAACCACGAUGCCGGGCCUGAGGGUGAGAAGCAGGAUGAGGACGGUGAGUUUGGCAUCAGGAGACGCUCUGAGACAGAGGAUGAGGAGGUGACCACCCCGACGAAGAUCAAGGAGCUGAAGUUUUUAGACAAGCCAGAGGAUGUUUUGCUGAAGCAUCAGGCCAGCAUCAAUGAGCUGAAGCGAACCCUGAAGGAGCCCAACAGCAAACUGGUUCACAGGGACCGGGACAGGAGGCUGCCUUCCUCACCAGCCUCUUCCUCUCCCAAGCACGAGGAUGAAACACCAAAGGGAACCCCUGAAAAGGCCACUGAGGGCUCGGAGCACUGGGUAUUUAUAGAGAGAGAAGCCCCUAGGCUGGAAGCUGUAGCUCUGAGGAAAACUCUGAGAGCCAAGACGGAAGAAACACGUGCAGGGACCUCGGAGGGGAACACAAGUGGGAGCCUGACGAAAGUGGAGGUGACAGUAGGGAAAGCCAAGGACAUGGCAGGCCAGGAAGAGCCUGUGGCUGCAGCCUUGGAGACGAGGAAGAGAGCCAAAAUGAUUGCUAGUCCUGAGGAUUUUGAGUCUGUGUGGGAGGAUGAGCUCUGUGAGAAGGAAAGCAGGGGUGAGUCCAGCCCGGGAGUGGCACCUCUGCCCGCCGAGAGCGUGGAGAGGGAGCCCCAAGAGCCGGGCAAAGGUGCAGCCACCAGGGAGCCAGGGCCCUGUCAGCAGCAUGAAGAGAGGCAAAGGACCAAGAUUUUGGAGCCAGAGCCUCCCCAAGGAGAAGGUGAGGUGCUCUCCAAGGAACGUGCUUCUUCAGCCUUCAGGAAGCAGGAGGCCAGAGUGCCAGCCACAGCCCCAGAACUCCUGAAAAUUAAAGUGAAGGCUGGCGACGACAGCUCGGAGACUUCUGCAACUCAGAGGAUCAUCUACUUAGGAGAUCCAGAGGGGGAGGAGAAGGACAGUAAAAUGCACCUGGUCUUGGACACUGGUGGGUGGCUUGGCUUGGACGAGAGACCAGAAGCCCAAGUAAACACAUCCGGGGGGAGAUCCGAGCACGUGGCACCCGUGGCAGAAGGGUUCCAACCCCUCUCCUCAGCAAGUCACCAACACAGGACAGAGUCUGGAAAACCCACUGGAGCACCAGAGCUGCCUGGGAUGGGCUGUGAUGGGACCAGCCUGGGGGGACGUCCCCUCUCAGGGUGGGAAGAGCUGUCCCUGCAGCCAGAGAAAGCAGCUGGUGCCGGGGUGCCUGGAGGAGCACCCAUGGGAAGUGAAGCCCUGCUGUGUUCCCAGGAGGUGGAACCAGAGGAGACAGAGCUGCAGAGCUCAGUGGGAGGCUUGAAGCCGUGUGGCCUGGCAGGGGAUGGCCCUAGGGCUGAGGAGCACAGAGGGAGCCCAGCACAGUCCCCAGACAUCAGCCCAGCACUGGAGGGGCUCUCGGGAAGGGUUGGAGCAGACAGUGACAGGGAGGAAAGUGCCAGAGUGGUUCUUCAGAUGGAAGAGAUAGAGCCCAAGUCACCUCCAUCAUCAGCUAGUCCUCAGCAGGGCCACACUCACACCAUGGGGCUGGAGGGGCACAAACCCAGUGCUCCUGUCCCUCCACCCCUUCCCCAGAAACCCAGCCCAGUCCCUGCAGAGCCUGCAGGCACGGAGCCUCAGGGCACAGACCUGUCCCUGGGCACCAGCCCUGCCAGAGGGGUGGCCAUGCCUGAGGGUGUGAGCCCCUCCAUGGAGGUGGCACUACCCAUGGGCACCGACCCUGAAGUUGAAGAACAAUCCCAAAAUGUGGAAUUUGCCUCAUGGAAACCCCAUCAGGGGACAAGUCCUGUUACCGGAGAAUCACCCCAAAACACAGACACUGCAGCAAAGUUGAUCCAGGUUAAAGACCUGGCCACAAGGGAGGUGGUCCAGGACAUGGACACAGCACAGAACAGCAUCCCUGCCACUGAAGAGCCACUGCAGGAGGAGAAGCCCAUGAUCAAGGAGCUCUUCCAGGGCUCAGGGUCAAGGAAGCUGACCGGAGAUGAAGGCUCUGGGAUGGAAGAACUGUCCCAUGACAAAAGCCUUGGCAUGGCUGAGCUGCCCCGCAAGGGAGAAGAAGCAGAACACCAGACUGAGACAAUCCUGAGAGACUUGCCUCUCCACACUGCAGAUCCCAAAGCGCAAGAGCCACACUGGAACUCGGAGUUCAGUGUGGGACAAGAUCUGCAGGGUGGGAGCUGGACAGUCCCAGAAAUCACCAGGGACAGUGACCUGGCUCUGGGGCAGCCACCACAGGAUGAGUCUCCUCCCAGAGCAGCUGCUGAUGUCCCACACUCCCAGUCCUUGGAAGCAGGACUGUGCCAAGGAAGCGAGGUAUCCCAGCUCCCUGCGCUAGUGAAUGAAGAUGGGGCGGGGCAGUCAAGUGGUGGGACACAUCCAGCAGAGCCUGGGGUCUCAGUGUGCAUGGCUGGGCUGGCAGGAGCUGUUCCCCAGGAACACGGGGAUGCUACUGUGGCCCUAGGAAACCAGCAGGACAGCAAGAGCUUCAGGGAUACCUCCGUGGCCUCCAAGAUCAAGAUGUUUGAGCAAGGCGAAGUGGAGCAAAGGGUGGUCCAGGAGGGACAGGAGCCUGAAGCUGAGACAUCGCUGACAGCAACGGAGACAAAUCUGGCACGGAACGCGCCUUUGAGCACCGUCCCCGCCUCACCCCCUGCAGUGGGACCUGUGUCCAGUGUGGGCUCCUUGGCCCUUGGGCAAGGGGCUGGUUCAGGAGACACCUCCCAGCCUCGCUCCCUGAAGGAACAUGUCUCUGCUGACCCUGAGCAUGAAGAAGACAGUGCCGACCUGGCCUCGCCUGACUCUGGCUGCGAGCUCACCCUGGCUGAAGCCGUGAGCAAAUCUCAGGAACCAAGUGGGGAAGAAAAGGAUUUAUGUGACCCAUCAGUAAAAUCCAGCCUGAAAGAAGAGAAUGUAAAGGCUGCUGUUCCAGUGGUCUCACAGAGAGCGGGCGUGAGGGAGGGCCCUGAGGAGAGGGUGAAACCGCCCCGGCACAGGGCCCCUGAGAGCGACACCGGCGACGAGGAGCCCGACCAGGAGAAGGACUCGGUCUUCCUGAAGGACAACCACCUGGCCAUCGAGCGCAAGUGCUCCAGCAUCACGGUCAGCUCCACCUCCAGCCUGGAAGCGGAGGUGGACUUCACUGUCAUCGGGGACUUCCACGGCACAGCCUUUGAGGACAUCUCCCGGAGCCUGCCCGAGCUGGACAAGGACAAGAGCGAAACGGAAGAUGAAGGCCUGGCGUCCUUCCAGCACACUGACAAAGUAGUUUCCGGACUGGAAGAGGAUGUCAAAGGCAGGGAUAAGGUCUCCCAGCCCAGCCCAGAUGUCUCCCAGCCAGAGCCUUCAGCCCCAAAAGCGGAUGCUGUGACUGUGAAGAAGCCCGAAGCAGAAGGCUCCACUCCCCAUCGGGUCAGCACCACAGACACAGCCCAGGUGGAUGGAGGCACCCCAGGCAGCAGGGACACCACCACCACUGCCCAGGUUGGCACCACAGAGACAGCACUGGUGACCUCAGAUCACGGCACCAAGGCUGGCAAAGGGGCCGCUCCCAGCACAGACCUUCGCUCCCUGUCACCGAUCUCCGGCGGCUCCGCUGGGAAGGAGGUGCUCACCAGCAUAUUCAGCGCCACCGCGGAAACGCUCUCCACUUCCACCACCACCCAUGUUACCAAGACUGUGAAAGGGGGGUUCUCCGAGACCCGGAUAGAGAAGCGCAUCAUCAUCACGGGAGAUGAAGAUGUGGACCAGGACCAGGCACUGGCUUUAGCAAUCAAAGAGGCAAAACUCCAGCAUCCUGACAUGCUGGUAACCAAAGCUGUGGUGUACAGAGAAACAGAGCCCUCUCCAGAGGAAAGGGACAAGAAACCUCAGGAAUCUUGACCAACAUGUUCCUGGAAGUCAACAUCUAUAUUCCAACCUGGAGAACAGGGGAGAAGGAGCCUUCAUGCUGGAUUUCUCAGCAAGACAUAGACAUCCUGGCUGCAAUGUUCAUGGCAAGAGACAAAAAUUUUUAAAAAAGGAAUAGCAAAUAUAUUAUAUAUAUAUAUACAUACAUACAUAUAUAUAUAUAUAUAUAAAAACAGGAAACAAAAUGCAUCCUUGCACUGCUGCUAUAUGCUGGAAUUGAAUAGCAAACAACACCACCAAUAAACAAAGCCAACCCUCUGCAGAUAAAUUGAAGAAUUUCCUGGAUUGGUGAUCAAAUCAGAUUUAAAAAGUCAUAAUAAUAACAAUAAUCUUGGUAACAAUACAAUACGCCACCAUCUUGCAUGUUACAUGAAAGGACACACAAUCAUGAGUUCAUUUGUUGCACACUGAAUGGAAAGGAAAAUUGCUUUGCAACAAAGCAAGUAAGCAAACUGAAGUAAAAUACCACAAGCAGAAGCAAAACCAUUCCCCACCUCUGGAAAGAAGAGAGAAAAACAUUCAAGUUAUGACCAUAGAGUUAUUUUCCAAUUCACAAGUGUCGUUUCGCCCUUCUCCUCAUUCCAUGCUGGUUUUUUGCAUUUUUUGGGGGUUCUGUUGACUCUUCCCCUUCCCUUCCUUAUCUUCUCUGUGCACUUGUCCAACCUCUUGUUCUCUGAAGGUAUUUAGGAAUGGGUUUCAUUUCAAACAAAGCAAAUGAUAUGUACAUGGUUUCUCAUCUCUAAUGAGCAGCCUGUGGGGUUUCAUAUGGAUGUGCAUUUCAGUUCUGUAUAUUAUUCUAUAUAACGGAGGGGGAGGGAGGGAACAAUGCUGAAAUAAUUCAACAGUGCUGGUACAGACAAUGCCAGCAUUUUAAGAUCAUUAACUCUUGGAUUGACUGUGGUUGGUGUACUUGGAGACUCGUAGAUCACACAUGGGACUUUGAGUCCUGCAAGAAGGGAACGGGAAGGGUUUUGGCUGCUGCUGGUUGGGGGGGCAGGGGAAAGGGCAAGGGACGGGAAUGUCCUGCCAGCUGAUCUGCAGUGUGUGGUGGUGAGCUUUGGAGGGGCAUGGAAGGCUCCAGCUCCACCAGCUGUAGGCAGGAUGGGCUCCCAGCCCCCCGAGCCACGGGAUCAGCGGGGAGCGAGGUGGGGCCGAGGGCUCGGGGUCCCCUGCAGCCUGCAGAGCCGUGCCGGUGGGUGGGGUGGGUUUGCUUUGUUUCUGGAUCCCAGUAAUGGAGGUACUUGAGUUUUGUACUAGGGUCAAAGGCAGAGGGGGUGUUUGUGCCCUGCCUCCCCCACUACCAGGGGUGUGAUGGCAAAGAGCUGGGGACAGCGCUGGCAGGGCCAUGGCAGUGCUCCCCUGACCUGCCUAGGGAUGGGCAGCGGAGGGACCGUGCUGUGUCCAUCCCUGCAGAGUGUCCCCAGCAUCCCAGGCUGGGUGGGAGAGACCAGGAGGUGUCGGUGGAGCUGCUCCCAGCUCAGCCUUCAGCCGCAGGCUCCUCCAGGGCUGCCUUUGGAAGGGGAUCGUGGGCCAAGCCCAGGGCCCCGUACACUGUGAACCAGGCAGUUCGGGUAGGCUCGGAACCAAAACCAGAAAGGAAAGAAAUGGGUUUCCUUCUUGGAAUUGUCUUUAGCUCCUGCAGAAACUGAAGGGCCCAUGAUUCUGCACCAUUUUGCCUUUAGUCUCCCACCCCUCACACAGACUGUGCCCAGGACCAGGUGUGUUCUGCCAGGCCUUGCCAGGGCUCGCAGGAUGCCCGAGCAGGAGCGCCUGCGCCAUGAGGAUGCCGUGGGCAGAUCCUGCUCCCACCUUCACUGUCCCAGGAGGGAGCUGCUCCCUGGCAGCUGCUCACCAGCUGCUCACCAGGGUCUGUUCUCCUGGCAGAGAGGUUUCUGCUGCAGGUGUGGAAGGCAAGAGCACAGGGGCUGCUGCCGGUGCCAGUGCCCAUCCUCAGCUUCCAGCCAUGCACCUUCAGAGAGCACAGCCCCAGCCUAAGAGCAGUUCAGGCAGUCUCUAAGAGGCUCCUUUUCUCUCGUUUGUUUUCACAAUGCACCCAAGCCAGCUGUGCCCAGCAGUGGCACUGCCAGGGGUGGUGAGGUCCAGGGUCUGCCUGCCGUGCUGGCAUUCACCAGCACAUGGCACAGUUCAGGGUGGGGGGACCCCACCUGGCUUGGGCACCUCCACAGCCCACCCGAGGCCACUGUGACCCUCCAGAGUUGCUUUUGGCGUUGUACACAGUCUGGGAAGCGAAGGUUCCCGUGGGAUUGAGCAGCCUUACAGAGUUGGGCUCCCUGUGUGCUUGGGCUGUGUGAGUUCCACUGGCAGUGAGCAGCCCCUGGCUCCCGCAGUGUGUCCAUGGGUGGCAGCGUUGGAAACAUUUUUUUUUCUUAAAAAAAUAAAAAGAGGAAAAAAAAUAAAAAGGAAAGAAAAAUGCUCACUGCUUGUUCUCCUGGUGAGGUGUGGCUUUCUGCUGCUCAGCCCCAGCCUGCCCAUCACAGUGCUCCGUUUCAGAUAGCUGGCCACUGCUUCUUUUCUUCCAGGGGCCUUUUCUGUGGAAAGGGGUGGGAGACAUGAGUGCCUGUUUUUACCCAAUCCCACAAAUUCAUUCUGAACUUGGCCUGCAAUUGCAUGAAUAAUAAUAACAGUAACAAUAAUAAUAAUAAUAAUAAUUAUAAUAAUAGUAUUUAUUUUUAUUUGAGAAGCACCUUACCAACCAACUGCAACGCUCUGUUGUUCCUUCACUAACUCUCCUUUUCUCUUCCCUUGUUCUCCCUCUCCCCCUUUGGUCAUACUCCUUUUCAGUGCUCGGUGGUGUAUGCGUGUGUGCUCACUGUUCUUGUAUUCAAUAAAAGUGAAAUAAAUGUGUUUGAUGCUAAAUCA